AGUUCACCCAUUGCCCAACAAUAAUUCAUUCACUCAAGUUGGAAUCUCGAAAGCAGAACGUGUAACGUUUUAAAAUACCUACAUUUUUAUCAUCAUGCUUGAACAAACCUACACACUAGCUCAAGUGGCCGCAAACAAUGGCAGUGAGGGAAGUCGUGUUUGGAUUAUCAUCAAAGGAGUCGUAUACGAUGUAACCGACUUUAUUGACAAACAUCCCGGCGGUGGAGAAUUGAUAACAGAAUAUGCUGGCAAAGAUGCAACAAAAGCCUUCAACCAGGCCGGUCAUUCAUCAGAUGCUUCAGCAGAUCUCAAGAAAUACCGAAUUGGUAUUGUUGCAGAGAAAGUACCUGUCCCAGCAGAAAACCGUUACAGCAAUCAGAGUCAAAUCUCUUUGACGCCCAGUGCCAAAUCGGAGAAACGCCGAAGAAUAAAGUUCCUGUUUUGUGUUUGAAAAUAUUUUUAUUUUUAAUUUCAUUUAAUUUUCAUUUCAUAGAUUAACUUAAGAGUCCUUAGUUAAUUUUCGUUUUAAGAAAUUCUUAGUUUUAUGUACAUUUCCAAUGAGACGGCGCGACGCACGACGUUGACGUUCUUAUAUAUUUCCUUUAUAUUUAACUUUUUUUAAUGAAUAAACAAAAAAAACUAUUUAAUAUUAAUAUUAUUAAAAAAAAAACUAAAAAAAUGUUUACAUUUUUAUUUUUGCUCGUUUGGUUUUAAAAAAAAUCGGAUAUUUCGUUAGGCAAAAUAUCCCUACUCUGAAAAAUAAAAACGAGAACUAUUUUAGAACA